AUUUAUCUGGAAAAUUUAAUUAUGCAAUUUAUGGUAUGCUCGUGAAUUGAAUGUAUUUUUUAAAACAUAUAUGGAUGAACUAAUUGACAAACUUAUUAAACAAAAUCUUUCUACAUUAUAUUGAUAACAGGUUAUGAAAAUGGCAAAACAACUCAUUUUUUAUCGCAAUUUAGCGGAGCAAAGAAAAGGAACAAGUACGGAUCUAUAAAAUACAGAUGGCUAGGAUUUACAAUAGAUUACAGAAGGGAAUUUGCACAUGGUCGAUAUUCUUUAUGAACCAAUUACCAACAGAAAUCUUCACAAAAACUCAAAAUUAGGCAUAAAGGAAACACACGAGAAUACACAAGAAGAGAAAUAUUUUAAUGUUAUGUUUAUGAAAGUGGAUGUAGUUCAAGGAGUUAUCCAUAGUGGCAUUUAACAAUAUAUAAAGAAAAUAUUAUCUUGUCACAGCUUUCAUCAGAAGGAACACAUUAGAAGCGUACAGUAAGAAAAUGAUUUCUAAUUAUGCAUGUAAUUAAAGAGGACAUCUAAAGAAGGAACUGUGAAAACAUACAGGAGAGAAACGGUUGAAAUGUCCUGUUCGCGAUUAUGUUUCUAAUCACAGGAAUGAUAUGAAGAGACAUAUGAGAAUGCAUACUGGAAAUAAAUACUUCAAAUGUGAGAUUUGUGACUAUUCCUGUAAUCAGGAAUAGUGUAUCUAUUUAUGUCCCUGCUGUAAUCAGAGCGGUCAUCUAAAGAGACAUGGGAGAUAAAUGCUUUAACUGUGACGUUUGUGACUAUGCUUGUAAUCAGAGCAGUCAUCUGAGGAAGCAUAGGAGAAUACAUACUGAAGAGAAAAGGUUUAUAUGUGAUGGUUGUGGCUAUGCUUGCAAAGACUGCAGUAGUCUGAAGAGACAUAUCCGAAUACAUACUGGAGAGAAAGUCUUUAAAUGUGAUGUUUGUGACUAUGCUUGUAAUCAGAGAGGUCAUCUGAAGAGACAUAUUCGAAUACAUACUGGAGAGAAAGUCUUUAAAUGUGAUGUUUGUGACUAUGCUUGCAAUGAACGCAGUAGUCUGAAGAGACAUAUCCGAAUACAUACUGGAGAGAAAGUAUUUAAAUGUGAUGUUUGUGACUAUGCUUGCAAUGAACGCAGUAAUCUGAAGAGACAUAUCCGAAUACAUACUGGAGAGAAAGUCUUUAAAUGUGAUGUUUGUGACUAUGCUUGUAAUCAGAGAGAUAAUCUGAAGAUACAUAGGAGAAAACAUGCCGGAGAGAAAUGCUUUAAAUGUGAUGUUUGUGACUAUGCUUGUAAUCAGAGAGGUAAUCUGAAGAGACAUUCUGGGGAGAAAGUCUUUAAAUGUGAUGUUUGUGACUAUGCUUGUAAUCAUAGCGUUAGUCUGAAAAUACAUAGGAGAAAACAUACUGGGGAGAAAAGUUUUAAAUGUGAUGUUUGUGACUUUGCUUCCAAUGACUACAGUAGUCUGGAGAUACACAGGAGAAUACAUACGGGAGAAAAAUGCUUUAAAUGUGAUGUUUCUGAUUAUGCUUGUAAUCAUAGCGGUAGUCUGAAGAGGCAUUAGAAAAUACAUACUUGAGAAAAAUUCUUUAAAUGUCAUGUUUGUGACUAUGCUUGUUAUCAUAGGGGUGGUCUGAAAAUACAUAUGAGAAUACAUACUGGAGAGAAAAGCUUUAAAUGUGAUAUUUGUGCCUAUGUUUGUUAUCAAAACUGUAAUCUGAGGAGACACAGGAGAAUACAUACUAGAGAGAAAUUCUUUAAAUGUGAUGUUUGUGACUUUACUUGUAAUCAGAGCAGUACCCUUACCAAAAAAUAAGGGCUCUGGCGAAGCUUCCGGCAAAUUUGCCGCAAUGUUUGCGCCUUUGCAGUAAAUUUGCGGCAAACUAUUUUUUGCGAACUUUUACCAUGCAAAUUACCAUGCACCAAAUUUGUGGCAAACUUUUUAUCAAAACAGAUUUGUUUGCAGCAAAUUUGCUGCAAACUUAUUUGCAUAUUCCAGUUAUGGACAAAACAAUAUUGCUGCAAAUUUGCCGCAAACUAAUUUGCAUGGUAAAAGUUUGCGGUGAGUUUGCCACAAACCAUUUGAAUUAAUCAUAUGUUUACCGCAAAGUCACCACAUUCUUCAUUUGCAACAUCGGCGAACACUAUUUUUGGCGAACUUCUGGUGAACACUUUUUUUGGUGAACUUCUGGUGAACACUAUUUUUGGCGAACUUCUGGUGAACACUUUUUUUGGCGAACUUCUGGUGAACACUUUUUUUUGGCGAACAUCUGGUGAACACUUUUUUUGGCGAACUUCUGGUGAACACUAUUUUUGGCGAACUUCUGGUGAACACUUUUUUUUGUGAACUUCUGGCAAACCUUAUUUUUGGCGAACUUCUGGCAAACCUUAUUCACCAUGUUACUUUCUGCAUAUAUAUUAUGGAGUAUGAAAAAUUCUGUCCUAAAAAUUUUCUGAAUGAAAAAGCAAAAUCUUGUAAAUGAUUCAACAUUAAUAUUUUUCAAGAUAAAAUGUAAUGUUACAAAAAAUAUAACAACAACAAUGUAG